CACAAUCCGCUGAGCAGUGGAGGUAGUGGUAGGUGACUUUGACAUUUGUAGCUGCUGGCGAGGCACUGUCUAGAAUCAUAAAGACCUUGGCAGCGGUAGCGUUUGGAGGGAUUCUGGGGUUUGUGUCACAUUAAUAAGAUAAUGACGGAUGUGUUUUAAUUCAUGAUAAGUUCCGAGUGGUGUGGAGGUGUGGGAAAUAAUCAGUGGGUUUAAAUCGGUUAGCCUGGUACUGUAGCUCUCUGGCUGUGUGAAACAACGCCAUCAACAACCCGGGAGCAGAGCUGCCCGGUUUCUGAGUUUGUGCAGUUUCAGGAGGAUGUCUGUGAAUGCUGGAGUUUGCACUUUGGGGAUUUAUUCUGUGGGUUCUGCUGCUGUGGAGGAUAAAUAGUAAGACCGUAACAAUGCCCGUGAAAGGGGAGGAACUUCCUUCUGCAGCCGAGGAGGACGUGCCCACUGCACGCAGCCCUGAUGCAGGCAUGGAUCCUCUGUCAACAGUUGCAGCUGCCUCACAACAUGCUGAACAUAACGUGCCUCAGGCUGCCAGUGCAUUUGCGGGUCUUUGUGGCAGAAUCGUGGACUCUGAUGCUCUGCAGGGCUCCAUGGAGGCAAAUUCAAAACAACCAACGGUGCUGCCGACCACCCAGAAACCUUCUAAGAGCGUCCCACCAAUGCUGAGCUCAGGACCUAAGGCGAGGGAGCGCCUGAAGUUUAUUCUUGGAGCAUCAGAGGAUAACUCUUCGGACGAAGAACCUCUGGUCACGAAACCUCCAAGCGGUGCAUCUCAGCCACCGACCUCCACCAUCAAAUCUUCCCCUCCACAGGCGCCUUCUGUAGUACCACAGCCCAGCUCAACGGUCAUCAAGCCUAGCAUGUCUGGUCCUCACUUGGUGAAAAAAGGACGUGAACACAGAAAGAUGGAUCUGCACAGGGACUUUACCGUGGCCUCUCCUGCAGAGUUUGUCACAAGAUUCGGUGGCAGCCGUGUCAUAGAAAAAGUGCUGAUCGCUAAUAAUGGCAUCGCUGCAGUCAAAUGUAUGCGCUCUAUCCGCCGCUGGUCCUAUGAAAUGUUUCGCAAUGAGAGGACCAUCCGCUUUGUUGUCAUGGUAACUCCUGAAGACUUAAAAGCUAAUGCAGAAUAUAUUAAAAUGGCCGACCACUAUGUGCCUGUACCCGGUGGCACCAACAAUAACAACUAUGCCAACGUGGAGCUGAUAGUUGACAUUGCAAAAAGGAUUCAAGUGGAGGCUGUCUGGGCUGGUUGGGGUCAUGCAUCUGAAAAUCCCAAACUGCCUGAGCUCCUGAGUAAAGCGGGCAUUUCAUUUUUGGGGCCAUCCAGUAAAGCCAUGUGGGCUUUGGGGGAUAAAGUGGCUUCUUCCAUUGUGGCCCAGAGUGCCGACAUUCCCACACUACCGUGGAGUGGAUCAGAUCUGAGACUGGACUGGGCUGAAGAGGACCAAAGAGAGGGCAAUGUCAUCAAUGUUCCUCCAGAGGUCUACAAACAGGGCUGUGUUCACGAUGUAGACGAGGGGAUAGCAGAAGCUGAGAAAAUUGGUUAUCCGGUUGUAAUCAAGGCCUCUGAGGGUGGAGGUGGAAAGGGUAUUCGGAAAGUUGAGUGCUCUGAUGAUUUCCCAGGUUUCUUUAGACAGGUCCAGACGGAGGUGCCCGGCUCACCCAUCUUCAUCAUGCAGCUGGCUCAGCAUGCGAGACACCUGGAGGUCCAGAUACUGGGGGACAUGUAUGGAAAUGCCAUCUCUCUUUUUGGACGAGACUGCUCCAUCCAGAGGAGGCACCAGAAGAUAAUCGAAGAGGCUCCUGCCACCAUAGCUCCCGCUUCAACAUUAGAGCGAAUGGAGCGGUGUGCUGUGCGACUGGCCAAGAUCGUAGGCUAUGUGAGCGCAGGUACUGUGGAAUAUCUCUACUCUGAAGAUGGAAGUUUCCAUUUUCUGGAGCUGAAUCCUCGCCUGCAGGUGGAACAUCCUUGUACAGAGAUGAUCGCAGAUGUAAACUUGCCAGCUGCUCAACUUCAGAUUGCAAUGGGCAUCCCACUUCACAGAAUUAAGGACAUACGUGUGCUUUAUGGAGAAAGUCCCUGGGGUGACACCAUUAUUAACUUUGAGUCUCCAGAUUGCGUCCCUCGUCCGAGAGGCCACGUCAUAGCUGCACGGAUCACCAGUGAGAACCCAGAUGAGGGGUUCAAGCCCAGUUCGGGCACCGUGCAGGAGCUGAACUUCCGCAGCAGUAAGAACGUCUGGGGUUAUUUCAGUGUGGGCGCGACUGGUGGCCUACACGAAUUUGCAGAUUCCCAGUUUGGACACUGUUUUUCAUGGGGCGAGAACCGUGAAGAAGCCAUUUCAAACAUGGUGGUGGCUAUGAAAGAGCUGUCCAUCAGAGGUGACUUUCGGACGACGGUCGAAUACCUCAUUAAAUUACUUGAAACCGAAAGCUUCAGAAACAAUGACAUUGAUACCGGAUGGCUGGAUCAUCUCAUUGCAGAGAAAGUGCAGGCAGAGAGACCAAAUACCCUGCUUGGUGUUGUCUGUGGGGCUUUGCUUGUUGCAGAUGCUAUCUUCAGAAAGAGCAUGUCUGACUAUCUACAUUCCCUGGAAAGAGGUCAGGUACUGCCUGCAAACAGUCUGCUCAACUCUGUCAAUGUGGACCUAAUAUAUGAAGGAGUCAAAUUCUGUCUGAAGGUGGCUCGCCAGUCCCCAACAACGUAUGUCGUUAUUAUGAAUGGCUCGCACAUCGAAAUAGACGUCCACCGUUUGAACGAUGGCGGCCUCCUGCUGUGCUACAAUGGCAGCAGCCAUAUAACCUACAUGAAGGAAGAAGUGGACAGGUUUCGCAUCACCGUUGGCAACAAGACCUGUGUUUUUGAGAAGGAGAAUGACCCCACGGUCCUACGCUCGCCCUCUGCUGGCAAACUGCUGCAAUACAUGGUUGAGGAUGGAGAUCAUAUUUUUGCAGGGGAAACUUAUGCAGAGAUUGAGGUGAUGAAGAUGGUGAUGACGUUGACUGCGCAGCAGUCUGGCUGUAUCCACUUUGUCAAGCGACCGGGAGCGGUUCUGGAGCCUGGCUGUGUGGUGGCACGUAUGGAUCUGGAUGAUCCCAGCAGUAUACACAGGGUGGAACUCAACACAGCGGUGCUACCGCCUCAGCAGCCACUUCCCAUGGCUGGGGAGAAGCUUCACCAGGUGUUCCACAGUGUUCUUGAAAACCUGGUUAAUGUCAUGGAUGGGUACUGCCUUGAAGAACCCUACUUUAGCACAAAGCUGAAAGAGUGGGUUGCUACCCUGAUGAAGACUCUAAGGGACCCCUCACUGCCGCUUUUGGAACUUCAAGAGAUCAUGACCAGCGUGGCUGGCCGUAUUCCACCUACUGUUGAGAAAGAUAUCCGCAAAGUCAUGGCUCAGUACGCGAGCAACAUCACCUCCGUCCUCUGCCAGUUCCCCAGUCAAAGGAUUGCAAACAUUUUAGACAGCCAUGCAGCAACCUUGCAGAGGAAAGCUGACCGAGAGGUUGUAAUUGUUGACACAUCUGAAUUUUUUCUGUUCAGAUAUCGGAGUGGAAUCCGUGGCUACAUGAAAUCUGUGGUUCUCGAUCUGUUGAAGCGCUACCUGCAGGUAGAGAUGCAGUUUCAGCAAGCUCACUAUGAUAAGUGUGUCAUCAACCUGAGAGAGAAGCACAAACCUGACAUGAGUCCUGUCCUCGACUACAUCUUCUCUCAUGCUCAAGUAUCCAAGAAGAACGUCCUGGUCACAAUACUCAUUGAUCAGUUGUGUGGACGGGAUCCCACUCUGGCAGAUGAGCUCAUGGCUAUUUUGAAUGAACUCACACAGCUUAGCAAGAUGGAGAACUCAAAGGUAGCCUUGAGAGCUAGACAGGUCCUGAUUGCUUCUCAUUUACCAUCAUAUGAACUGAGACACAACCAGGUGGAGUCAAUCUUCCUGUCAGCCAUUGAUAUGUAUGGUCACCAGUUCUGUCCAGAGAAUUUGAAGAAACUCAUUCUCUCUGAAACCUCAAUUUUUGACGUUUUGCCCAACUUCUUCUAUCACUCCAAUCAAGUUGUAUGCAUGGCUGCUUUGGAGGUGUACGUCCGCAGAGGUUACAUCGCCUAUGAGCUAAACAGCAUCCAGCAUCACCAGCUGCAGGAUGGAACAUGCGCUGUAGACUUUCAGUUUAUGUUGCCAUCAUCACAUCCAAACAGAGGGAGCAGCCCUACUCUGAACAGGGUUCCUGUGCCAGUCAGUGGAUCAGGCCAAUUUAAAUUGAGAAGGCAGGGCAGUGAGCUCCUCCUGGAUGGAGCCUUGUCUCCACCGUGCCAGCGAAUGGGGGCCAUGGUGGCUUUCCAGUGUUUUGAUGACUUCAAAAGGAAUUUUGAUGAAGUUCUUUCCAGUUUUGCUGAGCCACUUAUGGAGAAUACUCCUUUCUCUGAGUCCUGCUCCAGCUUCUACGAUGAGGAGCACUUCAAGAGUGCCAGGGAGAACCCAAUCCACAUCAUUAAUGUGUCCAUAAAAACAGCAGACACAGAAGAUGACGAUGCCUUGGUCCGAGCCUUUACUGCCUUUGGACAGUCAAAGAAAGCUAUUCUCUUCGAGUAUGGAAUAAGGAGAAUCACCUUUCUGAUUGUACAGAAGAGAGAAUUCCCCAAGUUCUUCACAUUCAGAGCUAGAGACGGGUUUCAGGAAGAUCGUAUUUACCGGAAUCUCGAGCCAGCUUUGGCCUUUCAGCUGGAGCUCAACCGAAUGAGGAACUUUGACCUGACAGCUGUUCCCUGCGCCAACCACAAGAUGCACCUCUACCUGGGAGCUGCUCGUGUUCAGGAGGGUGCUGAAGUUACGGACUACCGCUUCUUCAUCCGAGCAAUUAUCCGCCACUCAGAUCUCAUUACAAAGGAAGCUUCAUUUGAAUACCUCCAAAAUGAGGGAGAACGUCUGCUGUUGGAAGCCAUGGAUGAGUUGGAGGUGGCCUUCAGUAACACCAGUGUUCGCACAGACUGCAAUCACAUCUUCCUCAACUUCGUCCCCACUGUUAUCAUGGACCUAUCUAAAAUCGAGGAGUCUGUCCGCUCCAUGGUGAUGCGAUAUGGCAGUCGCCUUUGGAAGCUGCGCGUCCUUCAGGCAGAGCUGAAGAUCAACAUCCGCCUUACACCGACUGGGAAUGCCAUUCCCAUCCGCCUGUUCCUUACUAAUGAAUCUGGCUAUUAUUUGGAUAUCAGCUUGUAUAAAGAAGUCACUGACCGAAGUUCUGGACAGAUCAUGUUUCAGUCAUAUGGGGAUAAGCAGGGUCCCUUGCACGGGAUGUUAAUCAACACCCCCUAUGUGACAAAAGACCUGUUGCAGGCCAAACGCUUCCAGGCUCAAACUCUGGGUACUACAUAUGUCUAUGAUUUCCCUGAGAUGUUCAGACAGGCGUUAUUGAAGCUUUGGGGUCCAGGGGACAAAUGCCCAAAGGAUGUGCUGAUGUGCACUGAGCUCGUCCUGGACCCUCAAGGCCGACUGGCGCAGAUGAACCGCCUGCCUGGAGACAACGAUGUGGGAAUGGUUGCUUUCAGGAUGAAAAUGAAAACUCCGGAGUACCCAGAGGGCCGAGACAUUAUUGUCAUCUGUAAUGACAUCACUCACAUGAUUGGCUCAUUCGGCCCUCAAGAGGACGAGCUGUUCGUCAGAGCCUCGGAGCUGGCUCGCACAGAAGGCAUCCCCCGAAUUUACCUUGCAGCCAACAGUGGGGCGCGCAUUGGCCUCGCUGAAGAAGUCAAACACAUGUUCCACGUGGCCUGGAUUGACCCCGCUGACCCCUACAAGGGUUUCAAAUACCUUUAUCUGACACCUCAGGACUACACCCGUAUCAGCGCCACCAAUUCUGUUCACUGUCAGCAUGUAGAAGAAGGUGGAGAGUCCAGGUACAUCAUCACUGACAUUAUUGGGAAGGACGAUGGUCUUGGUGUUGAGAAUCUGCGAGGCUCAGGCACUAUUGCUGGAGAAUCUUCUCGGGCCUAUGAAGAGAUCGUUACAAUCAGUCUGGUGACAUGUCGUGCUAUUGGAAUUGGAGCUUAUCUGGUCCGUUUGGGGCAGCGAGUGAUUCAAGUAGAGAACUCUCACAUUAUCCUGACGGGGUCAGGUGCUCUAAACAAGGUUUUGGGCAGAGAGGUGUAUACUUCCAACAACCAGCUUGGCGGAGUUCAGAUCAUGUACAAUAAUGGAGUCACACACACCAGUGUGCCAGAUGACUUUGAGGGUGUCUUUACUAUCCUGCAGUGGCUCUCUUACAUGCCAAAGGACAAACACUCACCUGUGCCCAUUAUAGCAACUACAGAUGCAGUGGACAGAGAGAUAGAAUUUACUCCCACUAAAGCACCGUAUGAUCCCCGCUGGAUGCUAGCUGGCAGACCUCACCCGCUGGUGAGAGGUGCCUGGCAGAGUGGAUUCUUUGACCAUGGCUCUUUCAUGGAGAUCCUGAGUUCUUGGGCUCAAACAGUGGUGGUUGGGAGAGCACGGUUAGGAGGAAUCCCCCUCGGCGUCAUCGCUGUUGAAACUCGCACGGUUGAGUUCACUGUGCCAGCAGAUCCAGCCAACUUGGAUUCAGAAUCUAAAGUCCUGCAGCAGGCGGGCCAGGUGUGGUUUCCAGAUUCAGCUUUUAAGACGGCUCAGGCGAUUUGUGACUUCAACCGUGAACGUCUGCCUCUCAUAGUGUUUGCCAACUGGAGGGGCUUCUCUGGGGGGAUGAAGGACAUGUAUGACCAGAUAUUAAAGUUUGGGGCCUACAUUGUUGAUGCUCUGCGUGAUUUCCGCCAACCAGUGCUGGUGUACAUCCCACCACAGGCUGAACUGAGAGGGGGUUCCUGGGUGGUGAUAGACCCUACUAUCAACCCACUGUGUAUGGAGCUCUAUGCUGACAGAGAGAGCAGAGGGGGCGUGUUGGAGGCUGAGGGUACAGUGGAGAUCAAAUACAGAAGGAAAGACCUCCUGAAAACCAUGAAAAGGCUGGAUUCGGUCUAUGCUAGUCUGGCUGAGCAACUCGCUUCCCCAGACCUGUCUGACAAAGAGUGCAAAGAGUUGGAGGCAAAACUCAAAGCGAGGGAGGAGUUCCUGUUGCCCAUCUACCACCAGGUGGCAGUGCAGUUUGUUGAUCUCCAUGACACCCCAGGCCGGAUGCAAGAGAAAGGGGUCAUUAAUGAUAUUUUGGACUGGAAGAAUGCUCGCAGCUUCUUCUACUGGCGCCUACGUCGCCUCCUGUUGGAGCAGGUGGUAAAGAGUGAGAUUCUACAAGCCAACAAGGAUCUCAGCGACGGGCACAUGCAGUCCAUGCUGCGUCGCUGGUUUGUUGAAACAGAGGGAACAGUGAAGGCUUACCUUUGGGAUAAUAAUCAAGCAGUAGUUGAGUGGCUUGAGAGGCAUUUGUCCCAAGAGGAUGGCAUCAGGUCAGCUGUUCGAGAGAACAUCAAAUACUUGAAAAGAGAAAACACUUUGAAACACAUUUGCAGUCUGGUCCAGGCCAACCCUGACGUAGCCAUGGACUGCAUCAUCCAAAUGAGCCACAUCAUCACUCCGUCUCAGAGGGCCAAGCUGUCACAUCUACUGGCGACUAUGGACAGCACCAGCGAUAGUUAACAUAUGAUGCCUUAUAGGGAUGAACUAAAACAAAACUCGGUGAAUCUUGCGUUUAAGAUUACAGUUCAGGUAUUUUAAAAAAAAUAGUGCACAAGGAGAGCGUGUCCUAAACUUUUGUUCUACUGAGUGCCUUCCCGUUUGAAAAUGUUAGUCUUUCACAUUGUUCAUUUAUGCACUCACUCACUCAGUCCAGGAACACAGUUUCCCAGGAACACAGUUUCCCAGCCCCCAGGCUAUCACUGUGAUGCACAUUUCACUUUGCUGUAUUUCUGCACAAGUUUAAGUGUUGAAUUUGCCUUACUCGACUAUUUCCAGUCUAAUGAGCCUGAAGUUAUUCAGACUUCAUGAAAUGGAAGACUUAAUAUGUCGGUGCUAGUUAUCGUUGUUAAAGAUAUUACACCAGGAAUGAGCUUUCACUUUUGAAUGUAAUCAGUCUAAAAAUAAGCUUUAAACUGCCUGUUAGUAAUUUGAUAAUUAUUCAAAUAAAACCAAAACACCGUUAACCGUCAGUUCUGUCUUACUUGUACUUUGAGUCAAUAAAUAAAAGUUUGACUAUUAUUGCGAUCAAGAAUAUUAAAUAUUAAAAUAGCUUAUUUUAUCAAGCAGGUUAUGAUUUUACUCCUGACGUUUGACUUCAGUCCAUCUAGUCUGUUUGUGGUAUGUUUAGGUGGAUUUGCACAGUAUUAUGAACGAUGGUGUGACACUGUGUACUCAGCACCUCAUUUGUAAAACUCAGGUUUUGUGAAAAAUAGAUGGUAUUUGCCAAAAAGGUCAUAAAAGCCUUACCUGUGAUUAAAACACCAGAAACACAAGCCGUGACGUUUCAUUUGAAUGUAUAUAAACGAUUUUUGCUAUGACUUGUAUUUUACCAAAGGCUGUACUUUAAUAAAUAUCAUUGAUGUAUUUAAA